UCUUGCUAAUUUUGAAAUGGCAAAUGACUUGCGAGCUUUCCCGAUAGAGAUGUUAUCUAUGCAAGAUCUAAUUCGUAUAAAAGAAACCCAAAUCUUCAACUUUGAAAUUUGAAGAGACAUUGGCCCAUGUUUGAUUUGAAUGUCUUAUAGUCAGAUAUCAAUAAACACAAUUUCUAGAUUUGCUGUAAAACAAUUUCUUCAGGUAUGAAAACCCCUUUUCCCAUCUGCAACUAUUCUCCGAAAAUGAAUCCCGGAAGCCUUGUAAUCACUCUACUCUUCCUCCUAUCACCACCCAUCGCCGCCGUGGACUUCCUUUUCAACUCCUUCAACACAACCGCCAACCUCCUGCUAGUACGUGACGCCCGCAUCGAGCCACCGGUGAUCCGCUUAUCUAAUGACUCCAAUCAGUGGUCAAUCGGUCGAGCUUUUUACUCAACACCAAUUCAAAUGUUCCGGCAAGGAUCCAGUAACCUUACUGUAUUCUCCACGCAGUUCGUCUUUUCAAUCUUACCGGAAAUCAACUCCAGCCCCGGUUUCGGCAUCACUUUCGUGUUAUCAAACACCACCGAACCCAACGGAGCAAUCGACGGUCAGUAUCUAGGAUUGUUCUCCAACUCCGCGGCACGAACUGUAGCUCUGCUUAUUGCCGUGGAGUUCGACACCGGUAUAAACAUGGAAUUCAACGAGACGGAUGGAAAUCACGUCGGAAUUGACCUUAAUAAUAUUGAAUCAGAGGUGAAAGUUAGCGCCGGUUACUACAAUUCUACAGGGAAUUUCAUUUCGGUGGAUAUGCGAAAUGGGCAAAACAUACAUGCUUGGAUCGAAUUCGAUGGAUCUAGAACGGAAAUCAACAUUACAAUUGCUCCAGCGGGUAUGUCUAAGCCAAUCACACCAUUACUCACCUAUCGCAAUCCAGCUAUUGCUAAUUACGUAACUUCUGAUAUGUAUGUUGGAUUUUCUGCUUCUAAAACCACUUGGGUCGAAGCACAAAGGGUUCUGGCAUGGAGUUUUAGCGACACCGACGUUGCAAGAAACAUCAAUACUACUAAUCUACCAGUUUUCUUACUUCAAUCCAAUUCAAAUUCUGGUUUAUCCACAGGAGCUAAGGUGGGUAUAAUAUGUGGUUCAGUGGCGUUCUUUCUAUGCCUGCUAGGUGUUUGUUAUUAUGUCUGGCUGAAACACAACUCCAGAAAUCAAGAAGAUGAAAUCGAAGACUGGGAGCUUGAGUAUUGGCCUCAUCGAUACUCAUACGAAGAGCUGAAAGAAGCCACCAACGGAUUCUCAGACAAGGAAGUUCUCGGCGCAGGUGGAUUUGGUAAAGUUUACAAAGGAACAUUAACCAACAAGACAGAAGUCGCUGUAAAAUGCGUGAAUCACGACUCAAAACAAGGAUUGCGAGAAUUCAUGGCUGAGAUUUUGAGCAUGGGUAGACUUCAACACAAGAAUCUGGUUCAAAUGAGGGUAGUUAGAAAAGGAAACGAAUUAUUACUCGUCUACGAUUACAUGCCAAACGGAAGCCUCAACACAUGGAUCUUCGAUAAACCAAAAAUUUUAAAUUGGGAAGGGCGUAAGAAAGUGUUAACAGAUGUAGCCGAGGGUUUACAUUACCUACACCAUGGAUGGGAACAAGUGGUGGUGCAUAGAGACAUCAAAUCAAGCAAUGUGUUAUUAGGGUUUGAUAUGAGAGCUCGAUUGGGUGAUUUUGGAUUAGCGAAACUGUAUACACAAGGUGAAGAGCCUGGGACUACACGAGUGGUGGGUACCCUUGGGUAUUUAGCACUGGAAUUGGCCAUGCUUGCAUCUCCGACAACCGCUAGUGAUGUUUACAGCUUUGGAGUGGUGGUGCUAGAGGUGGCAUGUGGCCGGAAACCUAUAGAAACAUGGCAGGAGAGAGAGGAGGAUGUGGUUUUGGUGGAUUUGGUUAGAGAGAAGUAUGAAGAGAGAAAGUUGGUUACAGUUGCAGAUGAGAGAAUUAAGGGGGAGUAUGACGUGGAGGAAAUGGAGGCGGUUUUGAAGCUAGGGUUAAGCUGUUGCCACCCUGAUCCGGUACACCGGCCCACCAUGAAGGAGGUGGUUGCACUUUUGUUGGGUGAGGAUGCCACUCUUGCUACCAUAAUCAUGUAAUUAUAUUUUGCCUUUUUUUUGUGUUAUAUUUUACAAUUUGAUUUAUUUAUUUUUGUUACAAAAUAGCUACCAUGAGGUUGCCCUCAUUGUAUUAUUAUUACAUAUUGAUACUUUCAGUUUGACACUGAGGGCAAUCUUGAUGGCAUCUUUGUAUAUUACAUCUAUAAAUGUUGAUUUUUUUCUAGAAAUUGUGUAUUGUUUUCUUGCAAAAUUGGAUUGAUUCAUGGGUAUGUUGAGUUUAUUUUGUGGCAUUCU